GAUGACGACAUCAGUAUGGACGUGGUCCUGGUCAAUCUAUUCCGCGAGUGCAAUAAGAUCUGGGCCGAGGCAAAACUGGGAUUCGAACUGUACACGUACAAGGUCGUGGCCUGUCCCGACAAAACCGGGUUCGGAGAGAUUGUACCAGGUAUUUAG